GUGAUUUUUACUUAAAAAUGAAACAAAUAGAAAUAGACAAAGAAUCAGAUCAACCUACUAUUUAAGAAGAAACCUUACUAAAGACUGAAUAAUAUUUAUGUCCAGCCAAUAGAAAUCAUAAAUUGUAAAGUCUUGACAAAUUAUUGUCUCAUCUUCAUACUUGUAAAGAAGUUAAAUUACCAGAUAAACCAAGAUUUGUUUAUUAUUGUUAAGUAUUUUCUCUAUCUAAUAAAGUAUUAUUAAGGGCAUUGUUUUUUAACAACAGAAGACAGAGAAAAACAUGAAAGAAUUUGUUAAUGGAAAUUAGGGUUAAAAAAAUAGACUGAUCCUACAGCCAAUAAAUAUUCAAUAAUAUAACCACUUGGAAAACCUAUUAAUCCUUAGUAAUAGUAAAAGCCUGUCGCUUAUAGUGAAUAAUAAUAAAGAAAUUAUGAGUAUGCUAUCAAGAAAGGUUUAAUAAAGAAAAAAGGAACUAAUGAAUAUAUUCCAGAAGAUGGUUUCGAAUUUAAUAAAGAUUUUAAAAAAGUUGAUGAAUUGAUGAAGUUGUAAAUAUAAAAAAAUAUUUCCGGUUUAUAUUUUAAUUUUAUAAUAGAUUAAAAUUAGAAUAACAUACAGUUUACAUUUUAAAAUUGUUUUUUUAUGGUCUAACCUUAAAAUAAAUAAUUGAUAGAAUUUUUAGUAAAGAGAAUGCCUUAUAACUUAUAUUUUAGAAAAUUUAAAGUAUCAAUACAAAUAAGCAAUUUUAGUUUUACAAAGAAGAUGAGAAGAACUAAAUUGUAUAAAAAUUAUUGAUGAAGGAGUAAAAGAGAGAGAAAAGAAAAAAAAAAAAUAAGCCUGAGAUUAAAUAUACUUUUUUAAAUUAGAUACCUAAUGAUAUUCCUGUAAAUUUAUUGAAUUUUAAUUCAUACGAAGAUUAUUUAGAUAAAUAAUACGAAGUAAGUUUAAAUUAAAAUUUAGGAAUUCGUAAGUUGUAAGAAAAUGGAAGAAGAAAAUAUUCUAACAUCUACUUUUUUAUUGACAACUGAAAAAAAAGCAAUUUUCAUUUUGUAGAUUGGAAAAGAUUUUGAUGAAAUAUUCGGUAAAAAUAUUAAUCUUUUGGAUUUUAAAGCCAUAUUUUCAGAUUACAUAGCAUUUUCUUUUAGAAAAGAUGAAAAUAUUAAAAAACAAAUAGAACCAUAUCUUGAGCAAAAAAAAACAGAACCUAAUGAUACGAAUAAAAAUUAAAAAUAAAAUUAAAACAUUUUUGAAGAAGAAAUAGAUAUUUAAUAAUAAAGAUUGAUUGGAGAACUAAAAGCUAAAUUAGAGAUUUAAAAAUAAAAAAACUAAGAAGAUAAAAGUUAAUUAGAGAGAAAUUAAAGAGAAUUAUAAGAUUUAAUUGAAAAGAAAAAAGGUUUAAUAUUGAAAGAAUCAGAUAUCGAAUAGUAGAUUAAGAGGGUAAAUGCUUAAAUAAAUUCAUAUCAUUCAAAAAUAAAGUCAUAUAAAUAAGAAUUAGAAAUUAAAAAUCAAGAAAAAAUAAAAAUUUUAUAUGAUUAAAAGGAAAAAGAAUUGAAUGAAUUUAUUGAUGCAUUGAAUCAGUAGGUUAGUUAGUAUGAAAAUAGUCAAUAAGAAAUAAAAGACGAAAUUUAAAGUUUGAGGGAGGAAAAAUAAAAAUUAAAGAGCACAAUCAGUAGAUUACAACCUUUUAAAUUGUAAUUAGAAAGAUAGUUAGAAGAAUUAUAAAAAUAAGAAAGUAGCGUUCCUUAGUAGAUGACAUAAUCAGAAUAUUAUACUGGGAAUGAAUUUGUAUUUGAUAUUUCUGAGAAAAUAAAAUGUAAGGCAUGUAAAAUAAGAAAAAUAAAUGUUGUUUACAUUCCUUGUGGAGAUGCGGCAUUAUGUAAGAUUUGCCAUGAGAAAUUUGAGUAAUUAUUGCCUCAUGUUUGUCCAAUUUGUGAAAAAUUCGUUAAAAGAGUUUAUCACUUUAUGUGGGAAAAUGAAGGAUGA